AUGACACUAGUGACCAGACUUUUGAUCACCUGGCUAGCUGCUGCCUAUGCCGUUGCUGCCUCCGCCGUCAACGGUGAGACCGGCCAGUUGGCUGGUAGUGUCUCCCGACGAGGCCAACCGCUACAAGAUGUGGUGACCUGGGAUGAGAAUUCCAUCAUGAUUCGCGGUGAGCGACUUAUGAUACUUUCUGGCGAGGUGCACCCAUUUCGCAUUCCAUCCCCGGGACUCUGGCUCGACAUAUUUCAGAAGGUCAAGGCUAUCGGCUACAACACUGUUUCGUUCUACACGGAUUGGGGACUGUUGGAAGGCACACCCGGAGAGGUCAUUGCACAGGGCGUGUUCGCUUUGGACGAGUUCUUCUCAGCUGCGUCCGAAGUGGGAAUCUACUUAAUUGCCCGACCCGGGCCGUAUAUCAAUGCGGAAACUGCUGCUGGCGGUCUGCCUGGGUGGACAUUGAGGAUCAACGGAACUCUGCGUUCAAGUGCACCAGACUACCUCGAAGCUACGCAGAACUACGUGUCGACGAUUGCGGCCAUCAUCAGCAAAGCUCAAAUCACCAACGGUGGGCCCGUCAUCAUGGUGCAGCCGGAAAACGAGUAUACAUCGUGGCCAACUCUGCCGUCCGGGGAUUUUCCGGAAAUGCCGCAAAAGGAAUAUAUGAAAUACGUCGAGGACCAGUUCAGAGCAGCUGGUAUCGACGUUCCGUUCGCUUUCAACGACAACCUCGUCCAAGGCAUCUUCGCUCCCGGCACGGGUCCGGGCGCCACAGACAUUUAUGGUAUCGACGCUUAUCCAUUGCGCUAUGAUUGUGCUCAUCCUGACGUUUGGCCAAAUACUCGGUUUCCGAGAAACUGGCAGAUUAUGCAUCAACAACAAAGCCCAUCAACGCCUUUUGCCGUGAUGGAAUUCCAGGGAGGAACAGGAACCUCAUGGGGCAGCGUCUCGCAGGAUAUGUGCAAUGCUCUCGUCAACGAGGAGGCUAUUCGAGUUUUGCACAAGAACAACUGGAGCUUUGGAGCAAAGAUCCAAAAUACAUACAUGAUAUACGGUGGUACGAACUGGGGGAACUUGGGUUAUGAAGGCGGUGACUCUUCCUAUGAUUAUGGCGCCGCCAUCACCGAAGAUCGUCACGUUUGGAGGGAGAAAUACAGCGAAAUGAAGCUUCAAGCCAACUUUCUCAAAGUCACUCCGCAAUAUCUUACAGCUAGAGCUCUCAACGAGACCAAUGGGACAUACACUGACACAGACGCCAUUACGGUGACCCCGGUCGAAGCGACAGAAACCAACACCAACCUUUAUGUUAUUCGCCAUGCCAAUUGGACAUCCAUGGACACGACAAGUUUCAAACUGACUGUCUCAACUGCCGCUGGAGAGGUCACAGUCCCCCAGCAAGGAGGCGAGUUAACUCUUUAUGGACGAGAUUCUAAGAUCUUUGUGACCGACUACGAUGUGGGCGGCAUAAAUAUGAUUUAUUCAUCUGCCGAAAUAUUCACAUGGAACACGGAUUACACCGGAAAGACAGUGUUGAUAGUAUACGGAGGCUCCGACGAGCUGCACGAACUCGCCGUUCCUAUUGCGCUUCCCAACCCGCAGGUCGUCGAGGGUACUGGGGUCUCGAUCACGCCGACGCCCUCGGCUUGGGUACUGCAAUGGAAUGUGACAGCAGAUCGCCAGGUCGUGAUGGUCGGAACGCUGGAAAUUCACUUAUUGUGGCGCAAUGAUGCGUAUACCCAUUGGGUAUUGGAAUUGGAGACGUCGCCACCCCUGAGCAACUAUUCAUCCCCGUCAAAACAGAGUGUGGUUGUCAAGGGAGGCUAUCUUCUGCGCACGGCGUCCAUCGACGGCUCAACUCUACAUCUCACCGGAGAUAUAAACUCCACCACGACCUUUGAAGUCAUCUCCGCGCCAUCUGAGAUUUCUGCAGCGACCUUGAACGGCCAGAUUAUUUCCACAUCAGUGGACUCACAAGGGAAACUCAGUGGCACUGUCGUGUUUGUACCUCCGACGCUCUCGUUGCCCAACCUUUCUGGACAGAGGUGGUACUCCUUGAACUCUCUGCCGGAGAUUGGCGGCGCUUACUCUGACGACGCAUGGAUAAUAUGCACAAACCCGUCGACAACCAAUCCUCAGCUGAAUCUGUCGACACCCACUUCCCUCUAUGCGUCUGACUACGGGUUUCACACCUCCUCACUUCUCUAUCGUGGCCAUUUCUCUGCCACUGGCUCCGAGACAUCCGUUUUUCUGAACGUCAGCGGCGGCUGGGCCUUUGGACACUCGGUGUGGCUUAACUCGACGUAUCUGGGAUCGUGGGUGGGGAGCCCAAGUAACAAGACAUAUGCAGAGACGUUCACUCUUCCGGAUGCGCUUGUUGCGGGAGACCAUUAUGUUUUGACGGUCUUGAUCGAUCAUAUGGGCCAGGAUGAGGAAUCCCCCGGAACGGACGCGAUCAAAUUCCCCGUGGGCAUCCUCGACUAUUCGCUUUCGAACCGGUCCAAGGCCGACGUCACCUGGAAAAUACAGGGAAACCUAGGCGGGGAACAGUACAUGGACAAAUCGCGUGGCCCGCGCAACGAAGGGGCGCUCUUCGCCGAAAGAAUGGGCUACCACCUCCCGUUCCCGCCGGUGGACGACAACAGCAUCGGCUGGAGCGACAAGUCACCCAUCCUCGACGGCACAUCCCAGCCCGGCGCGGAGUUGUUCACCACCAAUUUCACACUCGACGUGCCACAGGGCUACGACGUCCCCUUGUCCUUUGUGUUUGGAAACCACUCCGCGCUCGAGGGUCCGCACUACCGCGCCCAGCUCUGGGUCAACGGGUGGCAGUUUGGAAAGUACAUCUCUCACCUCGGUCCACAGACGGCGUAUCCGGUCCCCGAGGGGAUUUUGACAUACGACGGCACCCCGAACUGGGUCGGCGUGAGCAUCUGGAGUCUGGACGGCGAUGGUAGUGAUGGCGCGGGAGGUGCCAAGCUGGGAAGUCUUGACUUGGUGCCGCAGAUGCCCGUCAUGAGUGGCAUGAAGAGACCAUAUACUGUGCAGGGGGAAAUUGGGACGGAAAGAACGACCGCAUACUGA